GUCGUAAAUAGGGGGUGGGGUGGACGAGAAACAAGAACAAGUUGCAUUGCUCAGAAGCUCACAACGUCUUGGGCAAAGAUGCAGCCCAACGCACUGCACAUGAUCUGCUGGUAAUCUACAUUCCCCCUGAAGAACAAGAACGUUUCAACAAGUGGUCUUUAGUGGGCAUUCGGCACAGUUGUACAUACGUUUCCAUUGCACCCCAUCUCAAUGAUGGUCCAUUGUGGUACGCUGGUUCUGUUGGUGGCUGUAUCCUAUACUAUAUUUCGGACAGAGGCUAAGGGGUGUUCUGGGUCAUCGUGCGGAGGAAAAUGUGACUGCAGUGGAGUAAAAGGAGAAAAGGGUGAGCGGGGGUUUCCUGGUCUCCAAGGCAACAUGGGGUUCCCGGGCAUGCAGGGCAACGAGGGGCCCGCCGGGCCGAUGGGCCCUAAGGGAGAAUAUGGCGAGUCUGGAACUCCUGGAAUGAAAGGAACACGUGGAUCUAAUGGUUUGUCAGGCUUCCCAGGAAAUCCAGGGCUUCCGGGUAUCCCCGGACAAGAUGGCCCCCCUGGAUCGUCAGGUAUCCCAGGGUGCAACGGAACAAAGGGAGAUCGAGGGACAGAUGGACAGCCUGGGUUCCCUGGUCUACAGGGUCCUCCUGGUAUCCCUGGGCUAAUGGGAAUGAAAGGAGACCCAGGUGGUGUUUUAGGAAUCAUCCCACUGAAAGGAGAUAAAGGAUUCCCUGGAUCACCUGGUUUACCGGGACCUAAUGGCCCCUCAGGACCCGAAGGCCCCCCAGGAAACCAGGGAUCAGACGGACCCAGAGGUUUCCCUGGCACACCUGGCCCCCCAGGGGAAAAGGGUGACCGGCUGUCAUUCCAGAGUGAGAAGGGAGACAAGGGUGCACAAGGGCUCCGUGGUCCCCCUGGCCCCCCUGGACUCCCAUCACAGGAAGUGGGAGGAAAUACCGUUACGCAUUUCCUCCCUGGACCACCGGGUCAGAGAGGCGAGACAGGAGACAGAGGAGAGAAAGGUUCUUGCAUUCCCUAUCUAAACGGGGUCAAGGGUGAACAAGGCCCACCAGGACCAAGGGGAAAACCUGGCAAAGAUGGCGACAAUGGAUUUAAGGGAGAGAGAGGCUUUCCUGGCGGCCCUGGAUACCAUGGAACACCGGGUGGAAAAGGAGAGAAAGGACCUCCAGCAUAUGUUGAUAGUGCWCCUGGCUCUCCCGGCCCCCCUGGUCUCCCGGGCUUACAAGGAGAAAGAGGUUUCCCUGGUCUUCAAGGAGACCUUGGUCCACCAGGCAGGCUUAUUGAAGGACCUCCCGGAGAGAAGGGCCAACCAGGAGAGAUCGGUCAGAAGGGAGACAGSGGUGCAGAUGGGGACUCUCUCACAGGAAAGCCUGGACAAGAUGGAUCCAUCGGACCCCCUGGACCUCCCGGACCUCCUGGUGAUGAGCCAUGUGAUCCAGCCCUUGAGAAGGGACCACCCGGGCCCCCCGGCCCACCAGGACUACAGGGAGAGUUGGGACAGAAAGGUGAUCAGGGAGACACGUGUGUGCAGUGUGAAGCCUUCGGCCCCCCUGGACUCCCUGGUCCACAGGGGCCUAAAGGACUGCAAGGAUAUCCUGGAGCAGCAGGCACUAAAGGAGACAAGGGCCUGCCUGGAGCUACUGGGCCUGAUGGAAGCCCUGGUAAUUACGGUACUCCUGGGUUGAUAGGGGCUCCAGGAGCCCAUGGUGAGCCUGGGGAUAUCUACGUGGCUCCAGGGCUGAAGGGUGACAAAGGAGGGUCUGGCUUCGUGGGCACACGAGGACUGCCAGGUGUGGAUGGACUGCCAGGGAAAGCUGGACUACCAGGCCUGCCCGGACCCAAAGGAGAACCUGCCCGAGAUGGCAUCAAGGGGGACCGUGGUCUGGAUGGGGAACAUGGGAUCACUGGACCCCCAGGAGAGAGGGGUCCUCCUGGUGUACCAGGGUUUGGCCGGCAUGGGGAGCCUGGAGAGAAGGGUACAUCUGGCCAAGGAGGCCGACCUGGAAUCCCUGGACAACCAGGAGUGAAAGGUGAACCAGGAAAAGGUGUGAGUUCACCUGGACCCCAGGGCACCCCUGGACCUCGAGGAGAAUCUGGCAUACGUGGACUACAAGGUGACCGAGGACCUCAUGGAGACCCAGGAAUUCCAGGAUUCCCAGGACAGAAAGGUGACACAGGUGCACCUGGCAUGGGAUUCUCAGGACCACCUGGGCCUAAAGGAUAUUCUGGAGCUCCAGGAGCCACUGGGUUGCCAGGAGAGCCUGGAAGACCUGGACAGGAUGGUUUCUCUGGAAAACCAGGCACACCUGGUUCAAAGGGUGAGCCAGGUAGGGGUCUACCUGGACCUAAAGGUGCUCAGGGUCCUGCCGGAGUGACCGGUUUCCCUGGAGAGAAAGGCAACCUUGGUCUAGCUGGUAUUCCUGGACAAGAGGGACACACAGGACCACCUGGMGCUCAGGGCAUCAAAGGUGACCACGGCCCCCCUGGUCAGCAUGGUGGAACUGGACCCCCUGGACCCCCUGGAGCAGGAGAACCUGGUGCCCCUGGACCCAUGGGACCCCCUGGAGAGUCAGGCCUCUUCGGUCAUGAUGGUGUGAAGGGUGAUAAGGGUUUGCCUGGUUCUCCUGGUCUGGACAUGCCCGGCCCUCAGGGAGAGAAGGGAGACUCAGGAUUACCUGGACUUUCUGGUUCCAAAGGGUUUCCAGGACGACCAGGCCCCGCCGGCAGAGAUGGAUUCCCUGGGGGGGCAGGCCCCAAGGGAGAGAUGGGAGUCAUGGGAACACCCGGAACACCAGGAUAUCAGGGUCCUUCUGGGAACCCUGGAAGUUCAGGACUGAGAGGUGACCCUGGUAUCUCUGGGCCAAGGGGGGAGUUCGGUGAGCCUGGACCCAAAGGAGAGAGGGGAGAACCAGGUCUCCAGGGCCCUGCUGGCAACAUGACUGACGUUGACAUGGAGCACAUGAAGGGCGAGAAAGGAGACCUCGGAGAUCCAGGUGACACUGGAUACACGGGAGAGAAGGGUUAUCCAGGACAGCCUGGAGUACCUGGUAUGCCAGGAAAGGAUGGAGAGACCGGUACACCUGGUCAACCAGGUGAUAAAGGAGACACAGGUUUUCCUGGAGAGCCCGGCAGUAUUGGAUAUCCUGGAAAUAAAGGAGGCAUUGGCGAAAUGGGAUAUCCAGGUUCUGUAGGUACGAAGGGUGAUAAAGGCAUUGUGGGCACACCGGGUCAUCCAGGGUUCAGGGGUACAGAGGGGGUGAAGGGAGACAAGGGACACACCGGUCUGCCAGGUGUUGGAGUACCAGGACCCCCUGGAGAGAAGGGUCAGUUGGGUCUGCCUGGUUUCCCUGGUAACGCAGGAGAGAAGGGUCAGAAGGGAGGAAUGGGAGUGCCCGGGAUGCCAGGAACACCAGGAACCAAGGGAGACACUGGACACAUCGGUUACCAAGGUCAGCCGGGUCAGCCAGGAGAGAAGGGUAUUGGUGGGCUUCCCGGGUCACCAGGAGAGCCAGGCCAAACAGGUCGACCAGGUGAGCCUGGUCUGCAGGGUCCACCAGGUACAACCGGAGAGAAAGGAGUGUCAGGAGUGGACGGCAUACCUGGAUCAUCAGGAGAGAGAGGAGACACAGGUUUACCCGGCAGGGGCUUCUCAGGGACACCAGGGUCAUCUGGGGAUAAAGGUGACAAAGGCUCUCCAGGUUUCCCAGGCUCUCCAGGUAUCCCGGGUAUCCCAGGGACCAGGGGAGACAAGGGUACGCCAGGCUUCGAGGGUUCCCAUGGCCAGCCAGGAGAACGGGGUCUCCCAGGACCCGCCAUGGAGGGGCCCAAAGGAGACCAAGGCCUGCCAGGAAAGCCUGGAGAACCAGGUACCAGUGGUGCUCCAGGUCCUGCUGGUGUUCCAGGCAGCGUGGGGGGGAAGGGAAACAAAGGGGACCAGGGUGAACCAGGAGUACAUGGGGAGCAGGGUUUCAAAGGAGAUCAAGGAUACCCUGGACUUUCUGGUCAAGCUGGCCUUCCAGGUGUUGAUGGACUGAAGGGAGAGAUGGGACUGCAGGGAGUGCCUGGUUUCCCAGGGACAAAGGGUGAAUUCGGAGUGGUUGGAUUCAAAGGAGAGCUGGGGGACAGAGGAUUCCCAGGAGACAAAGGUAAUGAUGGUCCCCCUGGUCCUCCUGGCCCCCACACCUUCAUCAAGGGAGACAGCGGCUUCCCUGGUAAUCAGGGCCCUCAGGGGCCUGUGGGGCCCUCGGGUAUCCCUGGGCUGAAAGGACAGCAAGGUGUGACAGGUAUUCAGGGUAUUAAAGGUGAUGAGGGGAACCCAGGGUUUAAUGGUCUCCCCGGCGCCAAGGGAGAACCAGGCUUGCUUGGUCCCUCAGGACCCAGAGGGUACCCUGGACCCCCAGGACCUGACGGUGUUCCGGGUCAGGUGGGUCCUCCUGGCCCCUCCUCCAUGGAACAUGGUUUCCUGGUAACCAGGCACAGCCAAUCGGUGGAGGUUCCACGUUGUCCUGAGGGAACGUCAGUGAUCUAUGAUGGAUAUUCCCUACUCUACGUUCAGGGCAACGAGCGCUCCCACGGCCAGGACCUGGGUACGGCUGGUAGCUGUCUAAGGAAGUUCAGUCCCAUGCCCUUCCUCUUCUGUAACAUCAACAACGUCUGUAACUUUGCCUCCCGUAACGACUACUCCUAUUGGCUCACCUCCCCUGAGCCCAUGCCAAUGAACAUGGCCCCUAUCACUGGCCAGAGCAUCAAGCCCUUCAUUAGCAGGUGUUCAGUGUGUGAGGCUCCUGCCAUGGUGAUAGCAGUGCACAGUCAGAACAUCAUGAUCCCAUCAUGCCCCAAUGGCUGGGACUCACUCUGGAUUGGCUACUCCUUCGUCAUGCACACAAGUGCAGGUGCUGAGGGCUCUGGACAGGCACUGGCAUCUCCUGGCUCCUGUCUAGAGGAGUUCCGUGGCGCUCCGUUCAUCGAGUGUCACGGCCGUGGAACCUGCAACUACUACGCCAACUCCUACAGCUUCUGGCUGGCCACCAUUGAGGACGAGGAGAUGUUUACGAAACCUGUGCCCACCACACAAAAGGCAGGAAAUCUCCGGAGUAACAUUAGCCGUUGCCAGGUGUGCAUGAAGAGGACAUAGGCCCUACUCCCUGACCUCUCUGUGACCCUUAACCACCCACCACAACCCCUGACCCCACCCAGUCCGACGGUCCGUGGCGUGACUUCGUGUUAUUGACCAAAGGAUGGUGCUAUUUCACUGCGUGUGUGAGAGGAACAGACAGACACACUGUGAAACAGAACAAAAAAAACACCCAGAAAGAUUGAUGAAAGAACAAAACACACAGUCAGAGGAGGCUGGUGGGCGUAGCUAUAGGAGUACAGGGUCAUUGGAAUGGAAUAAUGGAAUGGAGUAAAGUAAGCGUUUCAUAUAUGUUUGAUACCGUUCCAUUUAUUCCAUUUCAACCAUUGCAAUGAGUCACUCCUCCUAUAKCUCCUCCUACCAGCCUUCUCUGACACACCAGAGACCAAA